AAGACAAAAGACUCACGAAUAAUAUCAUUUCUUUUAUAGGUUCUCAUUCUUUCAACUUCAUAUUAUUUCAUGCAUUAGAAUUUCAUCAGGUUAGAAAUUAGAAUGCAUUCGUCGACUUCCAAACUUUAAUUAUCAGACUCCAAUUUCGUACUUCAGAGAGUCAUUCAGUUAGGUGAAAUUAAGCAAAAAUGUACUUUUUUUAGGGUAGAAUAAAAUGGAGUACUUAGUCCAGUGGGGACUAGCUAGGAGUUCUCAUAAAUAACAACUUUAUUUUGCCAAGUAGAGAAAGGGAAAGAAGAAGAAAUAAGAAAAAAAAUGGGUCAUGAGAAAGAAAAGCCUCUCUUGCCCAAAAAUCAUUUCUCUGUGGAGAAGAAGUCAAAGGGUGGUUUCAAAGCCGUGCCUUUCAUCAUAGGGAACAAUGGGUUGAUGACCAUGGUGAUGACAGCAUUAUCAGCAAAUCUGAUAAUGUAUUUGAUGAGAGAAUAUCACAUGGAAAUGGCAAAUGGAACUAAUUUAAUCUACAUUUGGACUGCCCUCUGUAAUGCUGCACCCAUUCUCGCUGCUUUCAUGGCUGACUCUUUGGUGGGUCGGUUUCAGAUGAUCGGUUUCGGUUCCGUUUUCGCCCUUCUCGNAAUUUAAGUUGCAUAUUUACUAUUCACCGGGUUAAACUUUAACCACGUUUUUUUACCCAUUUUCGUGAUCCAUUUGAAAAAAUAAUAUAGUCUUAUCAUCUCUUUUUAUGUGAAGGGAACAUUGUUUAUUUGGCUACCAACAGUGAUCAUGCAAGCAAAGCCUCCUCAUUGCAGUGAAUCAAAUGACGAAUGUACCCCUGCAACAACACCACAACUGGUUCUUCUCUGCGCCGCUCUCUUCACAUUCGCCGCCGGAUACGGAGGGGUAAUGUCGUCUACUUUGGCAUUCGGCGCCGACCAGCUGAAGCAUUUCGAGAACAACGCAAGUAAAACGGAGAGGUAUUUCACCUGGUUUUACGCCACCAGCUCGUUUUCUUCCUUUGUGGGCAUCACUGGUCUUGUUUACCUUCAAGAAAACUUCGGGUGGAAAUUCGGGUACGGUGUUCUGCUUGCACUCACACUCAUUGCGGUCGUCGGGUUCUUCUCCGGGUCCGCUUGGUACAUGAGGCCGAACCCGACCAAGAACUUGAUCACUGGGUUAUUUGAAGUGAUGGUUGCCUCUUAUAGAAACAGACAUCUCAAGGUCUACUUGGGAAGUGAUGAAAUAGAAUACUAUUCAAAAGGAUCAACUCUAAGUCAUCCAAGUGAUAAGCUAAGGUGUCUGAAUAAGGCUUGCAUUAUACAAGAUCCUGAAAGAGACUUGACUGCAGAUGGAAGAGCUGUAAAUCCAUGGAAGCUUUGCACAGUUGAUCAAGUGGAAGAGCUUAAAGCCUUGAUUAAAGUAAUCCCAAUAUGGACUACGAGGGUAUUAAUGUCCAUAAACAUUAGUCAAGGCUCAUUCUCCGUCCUCCAAGCGACCUCCCUCGACCGCCAUAUCAGUCCAAAGUUCGAAAUCCCCGCGGGUUCUGUAGCCUCGUUCAUUGCCGCAUUCAUCGUCACUUGGAUCGUGUUGUACGACCGCGUCAUCCUGCCCUUGGCGUCGGCAAUCAGGGGCAAAACAGUCCAUUUCAGCACGAAAUCAAGAAUGGGGUGCGGGAUCUUCGUCUCAUUCCUUGCGAUGGCUGCGGUGGCAACCGUGGAGGGUAUCAGGAGGGGGGUGGCGAUCAAGGAGGGGUACGAGGACGACCCCAAGGGGGUCGUCCACAUGUCGAUACUGUGGGUGGUCCCACAGUAUGCCCUCAUGGGACUCGCAGAGGGCUUGAACAUGAUAGCUCAAAACGAGUUCUACAUCUCGGAGUUCCCGAAGAGCAUGUCGAGCAUAGCGUCGAGUCUAUUCGGGCUGAGCAUGGCCAUUGCCAGUCUGGUGUCAAGCUGUCUCAUGAGCAUUGUCAAUAACCUGACUAGUAGGGGAGGGAGAGAGAGCUGGAUAUCAAGUAACAUAAACAAAGGUCACUAUGAUUACUUCCAUUGGGUUCUUGCAGGGUUAAGCAUGGUCAACUUCUUGUUAUUUUUAGCUUUUAGCAAGGCUUAUGGCCCUUUCAAAGACCAGAGGAUAGAGGCACAGAUGGAUGAGGAAGAUGAAAUGUGAUGGCAUACUAUGAAGGGUCUCCUUUUUUUCUUUUAGAAAUAAGUGUGAAAUAUAUCAUCCACAAACAUUAUUCAUGUUUUUUCUUCCUCAAACAAUGUACCCAACUCUCUCUAUUUUUGAGCCAUGAGGAAGUGACACACAAGAUUUAGCAUCUACAGUAAUAUAUGUUGUCAUGAUCUUAAAUGUAACACUUCUUCAUCAUAUUUUUUUUUAAAAAAAAAUACACCAAUAACAAAUGCCAAAAGAAAAAUGUUACUUAUUA